GUGUGGAGCCAAAUCUAUAAGACAAACGCAAACCCCCCAACCCUAACUCUGCCCGCGUCCGACCCAUCCUCAACCGUCUCUCCGCGUCCAUGGCGGUCCUCCCCAUCCUCCAAUUCGAGGACAAGAUAGCGGAGACCGUGGCGGAGAACCCGGUGGUUGUGAUCAUCGGCGAGACGGGCUCCGGGAAGAGCACGCAGCUCUCCCAGAUCUUGCACCGUCGGGGGUACACCCGUUCCGGUGCGAUCGCCGUCACCCAGCCUCGCCGGGUCGCCGCGGUCACCGUCGCGAGGAGGGUUGCAUUUGAACUAGGUUCUCGACUUGGUGAAGAAGUGGGCUAUGCAAUUCGUUUCGAAGAUCGGACUUCUGAUAAAACCUGCAUUAAGUAUCUAACUGAUGGUUGUCUUCUUCGAGAAAGCCUAUCUAAUCCAGAACUUAACCAGUACUCAGUUAUUAUCUUGGAUGAAGCUCAUGAACGCAGUUUGAACACUGACAUAUUGCUGGGCUUAAUGAAACGCUUAAUCAAUAGACGCUCCUCAAAUUUGAAAGUUCUCAUCACUUCUGCAACCCUUGAUGGUGUCAAAGUAUCUAGAUUUUUCUCCGGAUGCCCUGUAUUAAACGUCCCAGGGAUAUUAUUCCCUGUGGAAAAAUUAUACAGCACUGAACGACCCACAAAUUAUGUCGAAUGCUGUCUGAAGACUGCUCUAGAUGUACAUGUCCGUGAACCGCCUGGAGAUGUCUUGAUUUUUAUGACAGGACAGGAUGACAUUGAUAAAAUGGUUUUUAAGCUGGAGGAGAAGAUUCAAAACCUCGAGGAAGGUUCUUGCAUGGAUGCUAUAGUCUUUCCACUUCAUGGUUCUUUACCACCUGAAUUGCAGAUUCGUGUAUUCAGUCCAGCACCACCAAACUGCAGACGGUUUAUUGUUGCUACCAACAUAGCUGAAACUUCUCUCACUGUUGAUGGUAUUGUGUAUGUCAUUGAUUCUGGUUUUGUGAAGCAGCGCCAAUAUAACCCCUCGACCGGAAUGUAUUCUCUUGAUAUCGUGCAGAUAAGUAGAGUUCAAGCUGAUCAACGAGCUGGGCGAGCCGGAAGGACUCGUCCUGGCAAGUGUUACCGGUUAUAUCCUAGAACUGUUUAUGAUGAGGAGUUUCUUGAUGCAACAAUACCGGAAAUUCAGCGAUCAUCUCUUGCUGGAAGUGUUCUUUACCUGAAGUCAUUAAGUCUUUCUGAUAUUGAUAUCUUGAAGUUUGAUUUUCUGGAUCCACCAUCACGUGAAUCACUAGAAGAUGCUUUAAGGCAAUUAUACCUCAUUGAUGCAAUUGAUGAAAAUGGACAGAUAACUGAGAUUGGAAAAGCUAUGGCUGAGCUUCCAUUGGAACCCUCGCUUGCAAGGACUUUAAUUGAGGCAAAUGAGUUGGGAUGUUUGUCUCAGGCUUUGACAGUCACAUCUAUGCUAUCAGCAGAAGUUGCAAUUCGUCCUACUCACAGUAAAAACAAAGAGAAGAAGAGAAAACAAUCAUUUUCCAAACUACCAGAUGGUUCUGGGUGGGGUGACCAUAUACAACUGCUUCAAGUAUAUGAAAGUUGGGACCGAGCCGACUAUGAUCCGAAUUGGUGCACUGACAAUGACUUGCAGGUCCGCAGCAUGAUGUUUAGCAAGGAUGUGAGGAAGCAACUAUCUCAGAUAGUACAGAAGAUGGGGAAAGGGUCAUUGGACGUAGAAUCAGGCAUGCGGCAAAAAAAAAGUGAUAAAGACUACAAAAAGCUCAGGAGAGCUUUAUGCAGAGGCUACGGAAAUCAGUUGGCCGAACGGAUGCUGCUUCACAAUGGCUAUCAUACACUUGGUUACAGGUCGCAACUUGUGCAGGUUCAUCCAUCCUCGGUGCUAGAAGCUGAUGAAGAUGGACAGUUGCCAGAUUAUGUUGUUUACCAUGAACUCAUAAAUACCUCUCGGCCUUUUAUGAGAAACGUAUGUGCAGUUGAAAUUUCAUGGGUCCAACCAAUCUCAAAGAAACUGGAGAAGAUGAACAUUGACAAGCUGAGUGGUGGCUCUGGUGCUUCAGAAAAUAAUGAGACCAUCGAGAACAAAACGAUAAAUUCACCUAUGCAAGUGGUAGAUGCCAGUGGUACACCUGGUUCCAUGGAUAGUAAAAUUCAGGCAGCCCGUGAACGAUAUCUUGCUAGAAAGGCAAAUAGAUAGAUGUUCCAGGGCGAUCUUCACUAAAAGAUAUCUGUAUAACUCUAUCGGCAAAGGUUAUGGCACUUGCUGGAAAACCCUCUAAGAGAAGUUUGCCUCCCAGGCUCACAAGGCUCUUUCAUGAACAUUACUCUGAUGACCCUAAGAAUCAAUCAGAUAAUUUUCCUUUAUAUAUAUCCAGAAGGGGAGCUUCAAACUAACCUAUCAUUCUCAUAUUGACUGGAAACAUUGACAUCAAUUAUUUCUCAGUGCAGUGCUCCUUACAAAGUUUUCCCCAGCAAAUGGAACUGUUUUUUUCUUUUUGUACCAUUAUUUUCUAUGAUUCCGAAAAGUUGCUGCAAUCUUUGGAGGAUUGCCUGUUGAAGAUGAUCUCCCUGUUGAAGAUGAUCGGUAUGAACCCCUUCCACUGCUAUCCUAAUUGAAUUCAAGUUGGUGUUCGGUUUAAACAGCAGAGUAUUAUGUCCCUUGGGAUUCAUGCGAGUGCAUUAAUGUGGUAAUAGUUCUUCCUGUAGUGAAAAGUGUUUCUGUUCGAGGUUUCAGUUUGUUGAAUAGAAAAAAAAAAAAAAAAGUCUCCAUAUCUAUUCUUCCAAAGAUUGUAAAUGGUAUUUUUGCCCCUCCAAAUUUUUUUAAAGAACAUCUAUAUAAUCCCUCCAAAUAGUUUGAUCUUGAAGUAUAUAUAUAGAUCCCUUUCUUGUAUUAGAAUCCUCCCUCUAAUGUACAUCCAUCUCACUCAUGAAAUAAAAUUAAUCAUUCUUAAUCA